AUGUCACCAAUCUAUGAGGCGGCAUGGAGUGAAUUACAACACGUUUAUUAUGCGCCAAGAAAUUUCACCAAACUUUGUGACUCGGAACAUAUCGGUGCCUAUUCCGUACGAUCCGUUGCCUGUCAAACAGUAUGCAUUCGAAUGACUGAAAUACUGGUGAUUGGAGGUUUACGCUUCAAAAGCAAUAUUCGUGGCUGUAUGGAUGAUAUAUUGAGGGGUGGCUUUAAUAAAACGAUCAUUAAUCGGCAUCGAUGGUACCUAAGAGAUUCUUGCAACUUCUAUCAAAAACGGGUUUUAUUCCAGCUGCCAAUUGAAAAAAGUGACGACAGUUCAAUAAGUUUAUGUGUUUGUUAUGGUAAUUAUUGUAAUGGUGCAACAUCGAAUUCUGUUCAAUUAGCUGAACAUAGUUGUAAAAUUUUUUAUUUUUUAUGUACUUUAUUGUUGUUGUUAAUCUGCAGAUGA